GCCUGUGCACAGGGGAUGACCUGGGGGUGGCUUUCGGAACCGGCUGCUGCGCAGGAGGUCUGGGGGCUUAGCCGGCCCCGCGCAGAGUGAUCAAGGCCUAGGCUUUCUCUGGAAGUCUAUCCUGCCUAAGUCUGUAAUUGGGCGCUAUGCAUCCAGACCUCAGAGCCUUAUGGACACUGCUGUAUGUUCUUAUGAUUCUGCGUUCUUCUGUGAGUUCAGACAUGGCACCUUAUUUUAUUUCUGAGCCACUCUCCACUAUUCAGAAGCUUGGUAAACCUGUAGUCCUACAUUGUUCUGCUAAACCGGUGACUGCUCAUAUUGCAUGGUUACAUAAUGGAAAAAGACUGGACAGAAACGUGGAACAGAUUAAGAUUCAUCAUGGAACUUUGACCAUUCUUUCUCUUAAUCCUUCCCUUUCGGGAUACUACCAGUGCGUUGCCAAUAAUACCAUUGGUGCCAUUCUGAGUAGCCCUGCCAAAGUAUCCACUGCAGCUCUUGGUGAUUUUGACUUAUCAACAAAGCAUGUUGUCACAGCAGAAGAGAAAGGCUCUGGUUUCAUUGGCUGCAGGGUCCCAGAUAGUAACCCCAAAGCUGAGGUGCGCUAUAAGAUCCGGGGAAAGUGGAUGGCGCAUUCCACAGGAAACUACCUAAUCCUUCCAUCAGGAAACCUCCAGAUUUUAAAUGUGUCCUUAGAGGACAAGGGAUCAUACAAAUGUGCAGCUUAUAAUCCUGUCACCCAUGAACUAAAAGUUGAACCCACUGGCCAGAAGCUCCUUGUGAGUCGUCCUUCCUCGGUUGGUUUUCAUAUUCUCCACCCCACCCUUUCACAGACACUAGCUGUCCUUUCCCACAGUCCUGUAACCUUGGAGUGUGUGGUGAGUGGGGUCCCAGCCUCACAAGUGUAUUGGCUGAAGGAUGGGCAGGAUGUGGUGCCAGAAAGCAACUGGAGAAGGUUGUAUUCCCACCUUGUCACAGCUAGCAUUGACCCAGUGGACUCUGGGAACUAUUCCUGUGUGGUGGGCAACAAGUCUGGUGAUAUAAAACAUGUCACUUACAUGGUUAAUGUACUAGAGCAUGCAUCAAUUUCUAAGGGGCUGCAUGAUCAAAAAGUGUCUUUGGGUGCAACUGUACAUUUCGCCUGUGAUGUUCGUGGGAACCCAGCCCCCAACUGCACGUGGUUUCAUAAUGCACAACCUGUUCAUCCCUCUUCACGGCAUCUGACUACAGGAAAUGGACUGAAAAUCACUGGUGUUACCGUGGAAGAUUCUGGGCUGUAUCAGUGUGUUGCAGAUAAUGGGAUUGGGUUUAUGCAGUCUACUGGAAGGCUUCAAAUUGAAAAAGACAGUGGAUUCAAGCCAGUUAUAAUCACAGAGCCAGUGAGUACAAAGGCAGUGAAUGGAGACUUUGUUACCUUGUCCUGCAAUGCCACUGGUGUGCCAGCUCCCGUCAUUCAUUGGUAUGGCAGCCAUGGAUUGAUAACUAGCCAUCCAUCUCAGGUCCUUAAGUCCAAAUCCCGAAAGUCACACUUCCUCAGGCCUGGAAGCCUUGACCUGGAGUCUGUGUACUUCAUCAUGUCUCGAGCUGGCUCAAGCUCUCUGUCUAUUCAGGCAGUUACUCAGGAGCAUGCUGGAAAAUACAUCUGUGAGGCCACAAACAAACAUGGCACCAGUCACUCGGAAGCAUUCCUCACAGUUGUUCCAUUGGAAACAACUACAAAAGCAGCAACAGUCCCCCCUGCUGAAGCUUCUCAGAAUGAUGAAAGAGACCCAAGAGAUGCUUCGGAAGCGGGCUUGUUUCCAGCGAAGGUGCAUUCCAGUCGUGUAGAAUUGCCACCAGAGAAAAAUGCCUCUGUCCCUGAUGCUCCUAUCAUACUGAGCCCCCCACAGACCCACACGCCUGAUACAUACAACCUGCUCUGGAGGGCAGGCAGGGAUGGUGGACUGCCCAUCAACGCCUAUUUUGUGAAGUACCGAAAGCUGGAUGAUGGUACUGGUACAGUGGGCAGCUGGCACACAGUUCGUGUCCCAGGAAGUGAAAAUGAGCUGCAUCUCACUGAACUGGAGCCAUCGAGCCUUUAUGAAGUUUUGAUGGUGGCGAGAAGUGCUGCUGGUGAAGGGCAGCCUGCCAUGCUUACCUUCCGGACCAGCAAAGAGAAAACAGCUUCGUCAAAAAACACCCAGGCAUCCUCACCACCUGUGGGCAUCCCUAACAAGCGUCCUGUUGUUUCUGAGGCAGCAAACAACAAUUUUGGAGUGGUGCUUACAGAUUCCUCUAGGCAUAGUGGAGUCCCAGAGGCUCCUGACCGCCCUAUUAUCUCCACGGCAUCAGAAACAUCAGCCUACGUCACAUGGAUUCCCCGGGCAAAUGGUGGUUCACCAAUCACUGCCUUCAAGGUCGAAUAUAAGCGGAUGAGGGCCAGCAAUUGGCUGGUGGCUGCUGAAGACAUCCCUCCUUCCAAACUUUCUGUGGAAGUUCGCAGUUUAGAACCAGGUUCAAUAUACAAAUUUAGGGUCAUUGCUAUUAACCAUUAUGGAGAGAGUUUUCGGAGUUCCGCAUCCCGUCCUUACCAGGUGGCAGGCUUCCCCAAUCGUUUCUCCAACCGCCCGAUAACUGGACCUCAUAUCGCAUACACAGAGGCUGUGAGCGAUACUCAGAUCAUGCUAAAGUGGACGUACAUUCCAUCAAGUAACAAUAACACUCCCAUUCAAGGAUUUUAUAUCUACUACCGGCCAACAGAUAGUGACAAUGACAGUGACUACAAGAGGGAUGUUGUGGAAGGUUCAAAACAGUGGCACAUGAUUGGUCAUCUGCAGCCAGAAACCUCCUACGACAUUAAGAUGCAGUGCUUUAAUGAAGGUGGGGAGAGUGAGUUCAGCAAUGUGAUGAUCUGUGAGACUAAAGUGAAACGUGUUCCUGGAGCUUCGGAGUAUCCCAUGAAAGACUUGAGUACUCCUCCCAAUUCUUCAGGAGCUGGAGGGAAUGUGGGGUCUGCAGCCAGCCCUGCCAGAAGCAGUGAUAUGCUAUACCUCAUUGUCGGCUGUGUGCUCGGUGUUAUGGUCCUCAUUCUGAUGGUUUUCAUUGCCAUGUGCUUAUGGAAGAGUCGCCAACAGAGUGCUAUACAGAAAUAUGACCCGCCAGGAUAUCUCUACCAAGGGUCCGAUAUUAAUGGGCAGAUGGUGGAGUACAGCACUGUCUCAGGAACAAACAGGAUCAAUGGGAGUGUCCAUGGUGGCUUCCUUGGCAAUGGCAGCCUCAGCAACGGCUGCUCUCAUCUCCACCACAAAGGUCCCAAUGGAGUCAAUGGGAUCCUGAAUGGAAGCUUAAAUGGAGGGCUUUACCCCCCACACACCAACUCGCUGAGCAGGACGCAUGUAGAGUUUGAACACCCUCACCAUCAUAUAAACGGCGGAGGAAUGUACACAGCAGUUCCUCAGAUUGACCCUCUGGAAUGCAUUAACUGCCGAAAUUGUCGCAACAAUAAUAGGUGUUUCACCAAAACCAACAGCACUUUCAGCAGCAGCCCUCUUCCUGUGGUCCCAAUGGUAGCCCCUUACCCUCAGGAUGGUUUGGAAAUGAAGCCCCUCGGUGCCAUGAAGGUACCUGUGUGUCUGGCUUCCACAGUCCCUCACUGUGGCCAGUUACCUGAGGAGAGCAUCAAGGAUGACACAGCACCAGUACCUCCCCAGCUCACGUGCUGUCAGGACGGUGACAGUGACGUCAACUCUGAUGCCACAGCAGAUGCCACAGAGUUCAGCACAGGAGACAGUACUGGCCAUUUAGAAACAGAUGACAGAAUGUUAAGUUGGAAUCCUCUUAUUUUGUCACCUGUCUUAGAGGACUGCACUGAGAAGACAGCGUGGUCUCCUCCUGGCCUUCCUUUAGACAGCCUGUCAGAGGUCCUUCAGCAAGCCCAGGAAACUUGAGGAAUUGCAUCAGCUGGUCAUGUUCCCACCACAAGCCAGUAGCUACAUAGAACAGGACUGGCGAUGAACUGUGUGAAGGACAUUAAUUCAAAUCAGAGGGAAAAAACAUUAUUUAUUUUUUGUAGUAGUAAUGUCAUGAAUGUACCUUAAAAUGUGUGCCCUUUUAUAUUAUUUAUGCCUUAAAAUUUCCCUUCUUCUUUGUCCCUCCCCCCAAUAGUAAAUGAUGUUGUUUUUCAUAAUUUUCUAUCAUCUGGAGAGCAGAGGGACAACUCUGUGUUUCCAAAAUCCUCAGUGACAGUAAAAUGUCUUAAGUGGUCCAGUCUGCUGGCUCAUUCAGCUAGGAGAAAAUUGCCCAGGCCAUUAGAAGUUUGCCACCAAUCACCUUUUCAGAUGGAAAACUGUCUUAAUAUUAUGUUAUCGGACUCUAAGAGAGCUUUUUGAAAUCAGCACAGUUGUGUCCUAAUAACACCUGGCUGAUGAAUUUUAUGAGUGCUUUCCACAAGUGUUAACUUGACCUAUUGAUUUGCUUUCAAUCUAUACAUGAACACAGGUAAUGUACAAUCCUCUAGGCACUAAUUAGCUAACUAGUGAAAGGGCAUAAGGUCUGGUUGGGUUAUUUCAGUAUGCAGAAAGGGAACCAGGGCUAGAAAGAAAUUACUAUUAUAAUGUCCCACUGCUUUAAAACUAUGUUCGUGAUCAGAUAUCAUUAUGGGCUCCUCUUCACAGAUCCUAAGGAUAUGUGUAAGAAUUUUAGAGGGCUGACUUCUAGAUGUGUAUCUUAAGAUAAAAAGGUACACAUUUUAUGAAGAGGGGUAGGCUAAGCAGAAGUUCUUUUACUUUUUCCAGAGUGCCAUAUAUAGUCAUUUCUAAAAUAGUUACCUGAAAAUAGUCACUUCUAACAUGAGCAACAUUCCAGAAGAUGUGAAUGAGCAUGUAUGAGUCAGGUUUCUGUCACUAGAACAAAACACAUGAGACAAUUAACUUAGGAAAAAGUUUAUUUUGGCUCCCAGUUUUAAAAGUUUCAAUCUAUGAUGGAUUGCACCUAUUGCUUUGGGCCCAUGGGAGGGAGCAUGUCAUGGUGUCAGUUCACAACGGAGCAAAACAGCUUACAUCACAAGACAGGGGUAAAAGGUCAGAAGGGGAAAAGGGCAGGGUCCAGUAGUCCCCAUUCAAGGUCAUGUGCCCAAUGACAGAAGACCUCCCAGUAGUCUUUACCCCUUUAAAGGUUCAGUCACCUCCCAAAAGUGCCACCAUGGGAACCAAGCUUUUAAUACAGGGCACACUGGAGGAAGGUCAUGAUCCAAGCUGUUGCAGAAUGUCAGCAAAGGCUGGUUUUGGAAAAAGAGGGAUUGAGGGGAGUGGCCUGCCAUCUUUUUAGAUGCUCAUUGUAACACUGACCCAAAGCUUUGGCCAAUAGCACUCGUGUGUCACAAUUACUGCUGCCUCUGAGUGACGCAACAUUGCAGCUGCCUUUUGGAAGGCUUUUCUCCCUAUGUAAAACCAACAAAAAAACCUAGGCACUAUAAAUGUAUUUCAGAGCUUGAGUCAGGCUGUGAUGGAUCACUGCUCUGUUUUUGAUGGUACAUCCCACUGGGGAAAGAAAGAAAAUAUUAUUCUCUUUAAGUGGAAUCAGGCAGUUCCAGGGUUAAUUUCCCAUAAAUUGAAGUGGCUAAACAAUAAGAUACUACAUAUAAAUGCAUCAGUGUUCCUUUUCUAUGUCUGUAUCUUUUAUAAAUAGAACUGUUAGUGAAAAUGUGCUGUUUCAGCUGGGCCACUAUGCAAGAGUUACGUCCAGUAGAAUAUAGUGAUUAAAAUUCCAUAGUCGGAUAUCAGGGCUGCUAUAGAAGCAAGUUCUAUGAUCCAGGUGUCCAUGUGUGUAGUCUACAAGACUUAUUCUUUGUACUGCUUAGAUGCAAUAGCUUUGGAGGGGGUUCACUGCAGCCCUUACUUCUGUGACUAGCAAAGGACAAAGUCCUAGUAUUCAGAAUAUGAAAACAUACCCUGUGUUUUGCCAGUCAACUUACAACCGGGCUACCACAGAGGGAAUUGUAGAAAUGUAGGAAGUCAGUGUCCAUGGGCAAUCAUUUUGACUUAUGAAACAGAGGUGUGUUAGCAUGAGCCUUAGGUCAGAAACUGCUUUUAAAGAUUGAAUUUGACUAUGGGAUUUGUCCACAAGGAAAAGAACUACCUUUAGGGCAAUCUCAUUGUGGACUGCUUUAUUUAUAUGAUUAGUAACGCUGUUUUAAGUGUUAUUCCUUUUAUUGUAUUUUAUUUAUAAAAAUGCCUUUAUAUAUUGAGAUAUAUAAAUAUAAAUAUAAAUAUAUAUAAUUGCCUUUAUGUUUAGGAGUUUUAAUUCUCCUUAGCAUGAGUUCUCAGCUCUCAACUUUCAUACCCUGCACAGUCACCAGAAAACAGUCCUAGCUGGUGUCACUUCCCUAGGAAAGAAGAGGCCAUAGGAAAAUGGGGUACAGGGAUAGCACAAAGGUUCAUAGAGGAACUACUAUGUACCAGGCACUGUGCUUGUUACUGUUAUCUCAUUCAAUUCUCACAACAAAUUCUGUGUAAAAUUACUGGGCCACACAGUGAACUGUUCAGACCUAAAGUAGAACCCAGUUUAUCUGUGUUCAUAAUCCAUGCUUGUCCCAUUUACCCAUUAUGCUUUCUGGGAGCUUUCCAGACAUACUGUGGCUCACACUUAAACCAGCCUACUAACACGUACUGUUGGUUUGCCCUGCUGUGUGAUUCCUCUAUGAGGCCCUGAAUGCAGCUAGACAAGCCUCUCUCUGCCCACCUUUGUCCAGCCUAGGCAGAGCUCCUUGCCAAGUAUUUGGUCUUCAGGAGUCUGCUUCUCCACAUGACACCCUGCCUUGCAUAGGAGAAUUUGAUCUUCACCUGCCUAAAUGAUCAUGGAAUCAGUCAGGCCCUUCAUGUUCCUUCCAUCCUAGAAUACCAAGAGAUUCUUGUUGUAGCAUGAAACCUUCCCCACUCCCAUUGUAUCAUUCCACCCUCUCUCUGUCUGGUGACCAGGUGCAGGUUAAAUGCAUUGUUCUAAACCUAAACCUUUGUAGCAGUCUCUUCAGAAAGCAUUUCUUGCUGGGUUCCGUUUUUGUAAAAUGAGUGAGUCUCUGAAGACCAAGGCAUCCAUACCGGGCCAAAUGCAUCACUUAUCUCAUUCCAGUUUCAGCACUGCCAAGAAAUUGUUUUGUAAUUGAAUUUUACCUUUGUUGUACUUACAGCAGUGACUCUGAUGCAUGUUUUGUACCAUAUUGAAAAAUUUGUUUUAUUUUCCUUAAAGUUGUAAUGUUGUGUUUGAAAUUGUACAUAUUGCAAGUGAUGUAGCUUUGACAGGUUUUAUUUGGUUGAUAUGAUUUUAUAUUAAAAGAGAAUGCUGCUUUCACAUACAGAAGACUGUGAA